GAAGACAACAGCUUACACAAACACACACUGCAAAUUACAGUUUACGGCGAUAUUGUCCUGCACUGUUACAUUUGAACAACAAACCUUUCAGAUUAAAUGAUGCUACGGACAUGUUAACCGCAGGAACAAUGGAAACAAAAUCCAACAGACUUCUUAUCAUAGUUGUUCUCCUCUGGGGUUGCUUGGCUUCAGCAUCGAAUGGAGAGAAUGCCACAACUGGUUUCUAUGCAGAAUCUGUGCAGGCCAAUUCUGAGAACAGGACAGCAAAUGUUUCAGUGGAAAUGUGCAAGUCAGUGGAGAUGAAUUGGGAAGCCUCAGAGGUGAUCAGCACUGCAGAAAGAAUGAGCAAUCUGGCCCUUUGCACCUUGACAGGUGAAAUGCACAUCUCCAGAACUACACUAGAGCAUCUACAAGUGCAGUUCAGACAAAUCCUGAAAUCAGCAAUGGAUCUCUCAGCUGAAAUGGACCCAAAAACAAAUGUCGAUGUGGCUGCUUUCUUUGCUUUUUUGGAGAAUCUCAAUGAAGAUACUAUUCACAACGUACAGUUUGUUGAGAUCUGGCUGUAUUUGAAGUUUCUGCCGGUUCUGCCAUAUAUAAACGAGGAGUAUCUGAUACAACUGAGCCAGAAAAACUUCACAUGUGAAACCUUCCAGAUGAUUGUCAGAGAUCUUAGCGAAGAGGAAACACUGAUUACAGACAACCAACAGAAAGUGAUCUUCACUCAUCUAAUUUACCCUUACCUGUCCAGAGCAGAUACCACAGAUCCUGGGUGUUUUUCAAACAACACAGAAAACAGUGAAUGGCUACAAAAGAACUUAGGGAUGUUUUUUAGAUAUGCUUCGCUCAGAAACCUGCAAAUGCUCAACAGCUAUUUUACUGAGUUUAAUUCAUUUAGAUUGCUGACACCAUCUCAAGUAGCUGAGUUGACUCAGACGUCGGGAGCACUGAAAAACAUAAAUAUGAUUAACUUGAUUUUUGACCAUCUAGAGGAGGGUGAUGCUUUCCAGAAUGUUGAUGAGUUUUUCUGGACACUAACUCAAACUGACGCUUUGGAAAUCCAUCCGGUGGUGAGGGACAUCAUGAUGAAUCGGACCUUUGCCAUCAUCAGUCUCCAUUUUACACAGUUCUUGAGGGAAGACUGGGUUUCCUGGUUCACGGUGAAACUGAUUCCUCUCCUGCCCAGCAUAACUGCAGAGAUGCUCCAGACAGCAACAUUAGAUGGCAACUGCAUCACAUUCCACACAAUCGUUGAGGGUAUUAGCAGUGUCUUUGACCAGAUGUCAUGGGAGAGACAGCAGGAGCUCACAUUUGUUCUGGUGGAUCAUCUGAAACACACCGGCGGAUCAGGCUCAACCUGUGGAUCAGACACCAGCAGUCUCAAAGCCUGGCUUGAUGUGAACUUUGGUAAAUUCUCAGUCUACGUGGCAUUCCAAGAUCUGCUACUGCUCAAUGCAAACUUUUACAGUUUUGAGGCACUGGACACUCUGAGUGCUUCCCAAGUUGUUAAGCUGACGGUGGACUCUGGAGCACUGAACAAUCCAGACAUGAUCACCAUGGUAUUUGACCAUCUAGAAAAUGGCGAUGCGUUUCAGAACAUGAAUGAUUUCCUGGAAGGUCUCACACAGAAUUCGCAGGCUUUGGAAAUCCAUCCGGUGGUGAGGGACAUCAUGAUGAAUCGGACCUUUGCCAUCAUCAGUCUCCAUUUUACAGAGUUCUUGAAAGGAGACUGGGUUUCCUGGUUCACCGUGAAAAUUAUUCCUCUCUUGCCCAGCAUAACUGCAGAGAUGCUCCAGACAGCUACAACCUACAGUGACUGCAUCGCAUUCCACGCAAUCAUUAUACUGUAA